UGUCGAAUCCCUGCUUUUGAAUUUGUAUGCUGCUCCAACUGAAGGCUGCAAUACACCCGGAGGUCUAGAUGCAAUAGCCAGAACAAGAUAUGCCGCAGCCAAAGUCCCGAAAAAUCGCCAUCCUCGGGUACCGAUCCGUAGGAAAAUCCUCACUAACGAUUCAGUUUGUGGAAGGCCAGUUUGUGGACUCAUAUGACCCGACCAUAGAGAACACAUUCACAAAGAUGGUCACAAUAAAUGGACAGGAUUAUCAUCUGCAAUUGGUGGACACAGCUGGACAGGAUGAAUAUUCUAUUUUCCCUCAGACGUACUCCAUAGAUAUCAAUGGUUACAUUCUGGUGUACUCAGUUACAUCCAAUAAAAGUUUUGAAGUAGUACAAGUUAUCCAUGAGAAGCUGCUGGAUAUGGUGGGGAAAGUUCAAGUUCCAAUUAUGUUGGUGGGAAACAAGAAUGACCUACAUAUGGAACGUGUUAUCAGCUGUGAAGAGGGUAAGGCAUUAGCUGAUUCCUGGAAUGCCGCCUUCAUGGAAUCCUCAGCUAAAGAAAACCAGACGGCCGUAGAGGUGUUCAGGAGGAUGAUCCUGGAGGCGGAGAAGAUUGACGGUGGCGUCCAACCAGGGAAGACUUCCUGCUCCAUGAUGUAGAGCCGCCCAAUCAACAUACUGGACACUGCACUGGGAUAUCCCGUUACUUGAAGGCUACCUGCCAGUUCUUCUCCUCCACCUCAAAUGAUUCCACCAUGGUCAUGUAUAUUCCAUUCAUAUUGUCAUCAUCUUUUUCUUUGUUGGUUUGUUAAAGGAUUAGUGGCUGUCUACUGUCAUACUUCACCCACAAUCCAACUGUCCACCUAGUCUGUGCUAAGAACUGAUGCAAAACACAGAACCUCAUACUGAUGUAUCAGAAUAAAUGUGUUUUUUAUGUUAACUAAGACUAGUGACUAUUUAAGAUUAAUAAUAAUUGUGUUAUUUCAAAUCUUCUAAUGCCAAAUUCUAAUGAAGGCAACUAUUCCCCUCUGUUGAAAUAAUGUUCUCCUUUCUCCUCAGUGGAGAGAUCCCGUUCAGUACCUACAUACCUUUACAGCCACAUAGACUCUAAGGAAAUGGUGCAGUUCACGUUUCUUCUGAUACAUCCCUAGCUGUUAACUCCCUCAACGUACAGCUCUUUUUCUACUUAAAUGUUCACAUAACCACCUCUUUGUCAAGUCAGUUUGUUUUCAUAGCAGUAAGUAUCAGCCAAAAAACUGCAUCCAUUUUCUAAUGUUGAAUAUGUUGUACGAAUGCUUUUGAUUGUAAUCAUUAAAGCAAAAAGUGAUUAUGUAA